UUUACUACUGAAUUACCUCCCUUUAAUAGAAAAAAAAAUAAUGUCUUAAUUUUUCACGUAUAGCAUCUUUAAAUAAUUUUUAAACAAUAAUAAUUUAUGAGUAAACAUAUAAGCAUAAAGUUCUCACAAAAAGAUCAAUUUAAAAACCUUACAUUUAUACAUAGGAAAGUAUAUAUAGACUGAACAUUAAUUUUCGUUUAAGUGACAUUCUGAAAGUUUAUGAAACAGCUAUUUUUAGUAACUUAAAUGGCCGAAAAGUGUAAGUAAAAUUGAUGAUUGUAUUUCUAUGAAACUUGACGAAAAUGUUCGUUAGGUGGUCUUUGCUUGAACCUUUUGGCUAGUGGAGCACAGGCACUGAUGUGCCUCUUGUUUUAAAACUACCAUUCCCAUUCUUUUUCAAAUGAAGUUUUCUAACAGUUCUACUGUUAUGGUUAACAAUUGGAGCUUAUUUUUACCGGAAGUGAUGCAAAAUAGAAGUGUUUUACCCAUUUUCAGGAGGCGGUCGAAAAUAGGUUGGGGUCGAAAAUAGGUUGUUCCGGGAUAUGCGGUCCGUAGUUGUGGUUUCAAAAAAGUUUUACCUUAUAUGUUUAUAACUUGCUAUUAUUAUUUUUUACAUUUAUGCGACAUUAAACGAUUAAUUUUCUGGAAAUUCAAAUCUCACAAAAAUAAGAUUAUAUCUUCAUUUCAAAGUGGCAUCGUAUGAUGGCUACAUCACAUGGGCUCAAGGGGUCACGGACAUUACGGACCAUGGACAUUACGGACCAGACAUUAUGGCCCGGAUUUAGGGACAUUACGGGCCAUAUUUAGGGACGUUACAGACCAUCUUCAGAAACUUACGGACCAUGAUUUAUAAUGUUAUUAACAUUUUUUUUUAAUUUAUUCACUCCUUGGUCUUUAAUUUAUUAAUAAAUACUUGAAUAUGAGUUUGGAACAUUUUGAAAUGACAUUUAGAACCUGGCAAUGCUUAUCGCAUAUGUUAAGAUUAUUUUUUAGCGUGUUAAAAUCAUAGGUACCAUGGUAUGCAUUCCGACAGCUACACUCGACUGAAUACGACAUCGGGAAAGUAAACAAAUAAAAAUAUGUGACAAAUUUAAAUUAACCCUUGAGCCACUUAGACCAGCAUAAGCUGUUCUCGAUAUAGCCUAUUCACAAUGCUGAGCGCAGAAUAUGUCAAUCUUGAUAGUGACCUUGUUUAUUUGUCAGGUCACAUGUUAUUUGUCUGUAAAUCGACGAGACUUUCGGUUACAAAGCAGGUUGUUGUGGUUUAUGAAUAGUAUGUAAAUUAAUGCAUGAAAUAACUGCGCAUGUUUUAGUUGUCCACGAUAUAAAAAGAUUGAAUUGUGCAGUGAUCUAAAACAGAAGUUUAGUCGAAAACAAUACGGAACCUGCCUUGGAUGUUGAAAAUUGGAUGACCAUUUUCCGACCGUAAUGCCUUUUGCUGGUGGUUGAACACAAAAUGUGGAUUUAGAUGCAUAAUCCUAUUGAUUUUAUGAACUUGUUUAUCAACCAGGAUGUCUUUCAAGUUAUGUGUGAUGAGACAAAUCUUUAUGCCAGGAAUCACUUAGAAAAUCAGUUACUUCGUACGCACGGUCGGAUGCGUAAAUGGAAGGAAGUUGCCUUGGCAGAGAUGAAGGUCUUCAUCGCUCUGGUCAUUGCUAUGAGACUUGUUUAUAAGUCUGACUUUGAGGACUACUGAACAACAGACUGUGUCAAUGAGGUCCUAUUCUUCUCCAGAUGUAUGUCAAGGGACAGGUUCCUGAAUAUCCUGUCCAACUUCCAUGUAUCAAAUCGUAAAGACCAAACUGAUAAGCUGAGGUGGACCCAACCCAUGGUCAUUUAGACCAUGCAGCGUUUCUCAGAAGUAUACACCCUAGGGGAGAACCUGAGCUUUGAUGAGGUCACUUGUCCAUGGAAGGGUCAAGGUAUACAACAAGAACAUGCCAUACAUGGUUGGAGUGGAACUGUACACCGUGUAUGAAGAAGGAAGCGGGUACUGCUUAGGCUACGACAUUUAUGCCGUUUGCCUACUGCAAGAAAAUCUUCAUGCCCCAGCCUUCUAUGAAGACUUGAAUGGUGAUAUUCAGCUCCUAAACAAGACAACUUGUAUGGUAAUGAACUUGAGGCCAAGGUGUGACCUCUUGCACAAGGGUCAUAAAGUUUACAUGGAUAACUAUUAUAGCUCACCUGAACUCUUUGAUGAGUUGGAGAGUAGUGAAAGGUAUGCAUGUGGGACUCUUCGGGUCAACAGAGUAGGUGUGCCCUUGGCAGUAAAAUACAAAAAGAAACUGGAAGUAGUGUGAAGGAGAAAAGACAAUCUUUUACCCAUGCGCUAUAAAGACAAGUGAGAUGUCACAAUGCUGACUAACUUGCCUUAGAGAUUGUGUGUAACCUCUCUUAUAUCCUACAGAAUGCCUCAGUUGAUAGAAAAGUCUUUUCUAUUUUUAGAACCUAUUCUAAGAACUGAAAUGUUUACGUUUUUACAGAUAUUUUGCUUAAAUUUAGAAAGAUGACGUUUUGUGACUUUGCUUCUUUUAAAAGAUUUUGAUUGUUCAUGAAAGACUAAAAGAAAGGAUGCUUUCAACACCUGGUGGUUACUGGUAUAGAGCUAUAAUGAAUGUGAAAUAAAAAGGUUCAAAUAUUGGUAUAUUUUUUCAGUUUCAACGUGCUUCUGAAACAGUGUUUUUUUGACAUCUGGGAAAAUACAAAAUCAGAUCUGUCUAAAGUAGCUUAUCCUUGACAAUCAACCUACCACUACCGCUACACAUAUUCUAUCCAGCUUUGAAAGAAAGGUGUCCUGUCAACCUCUGCUUUCAAACUUUUCUUCAUCAGAAGUUUCUGUUAUGCAGUCUCUUGAGUUCUCUUCCUCAGUUGACUAUUCAGGAAUUUAAUAUGGAAGGCAAGCUGAAAAUUUUGAAGUAUGGAUACCCAGAGCGACCUAAAUGGAGGCAGAAUAAUGCUUGUCCUACAGUUUCUGAAAUGCUAACAGACAUUCUAAGCUAUUUAGAACGGUUUAACAUAUUAAAAGAUCAUGCUAAGGGCAUCCGUCAGAAGUUAGUGGAUCUUCGUAGUAAGAUCAAGACCGCUAAUAGGGAUUUGCUGCUUAAGUAUUUAGUAAACGUGCAGCAGGAGGAAGAUAUUGGUGUGAAAGAUGAAGGAAAAACACUCGAGAUUUUAAAACCCCUCUAUAAAACAAUUUGUGAAUUUGAAAUACCAUUCUGCGAUUAUGAUGAUUUGUUUUUUGAUAACUCUGACACUGAAAGCAUGGAAAUGAAUUCUGACACUGAAAGCAUGGAAAUGAAUAUUGAAACAGAAGAAUACUCGCCACCUAUUUUAGGGCCUUUUCAAAGCUUAGAGGAUGAUCAUACAUCUAAUGCUGAAGAGGAAGGUUUGAAAAAAAGAGUAGCUGAAACAGAAAACUUGUGUAAGGCUUUUGGAGAGAUAGCUUCUGAAAUAAAUGAAACCAAACACCAAACAACUAAACAGGAAUUUGAAUCUGAUAUCGGUUUGUUUCAAAGGGAAAUGUUAGAAGGAUUACAUAGACUUUUGAUGGAUGGGGUAAUGGGCGAACACACAACAUUACCUGGACACUAUAGCACUCAGAGACGCAUAACCAGACAUCAUGGUGAAGGUCAUGAAUAUCCACAAUUUCAAACUGAAUCCAUUGCAGAAAAAACUGUACAAUACUUAGUUGAUAGAUACAACUCCAUGCGUGAUGAAAUACAAAAGGCAAAUAUUUCUGAAGAAGAACGUCUUAAAAUGUUAUUCAAAUGUGCAAGUAGUUUUCUGUUUACAUUCCUACAGCUUCAUCCUUUUGCAGAUGGCAAUGGUCGUCUUGCGAGACUUUUGGCAAGCUACAGCAUGUUGUCAUUUUCACGAUUUAUGACACCAAUAUACAAUGUGUUCAGUAAAUCUUCUGAGAAGGACUACAUAGAUGCUCUGGUUAAAGCCAGGCAAAAUCUUGACCCAUAUCCUCUUAUCACAGACCAAAAUACUGGUUUCAUGUUAGUAAAUUCUUUACUCCAGCAAGAACCAAGUGACCUGUUUGCAAUGCUUGUAGAGUCAAACUGGUCUAUGUGGCGUCAGUUUCUUAUAAGACUUGGGGAUGAAAGUGUAGAGUUGUUCGAAUGGGAAAAGCGCCCUGAUUACAUGUAAACAUUGAGGAUGUAUCUGUAUCCCACAGACAAUACAGGAUUUAUGACACGGUGUAAAGAUGUUAAUAUCUAUUGAUAUUGUAAAUUUGCAUCAAUUGGUGUGUUUCAUGGUGCACUUUCAUUGACAGUUUUGAUUUUUUUAAAUAUCUCAGAAUCAGCUAUUUUGGCACCAAUGCCUUCAAUUCAGUCAUGUAAGAUACCGGUAGCUCACAGUAAAACUAUCUUAAUUGUUUGGAACACUGACAUCAAUUUUGUAUCUUUAAUAUUAAAAACAGUGAUUUUAUCUUUUAUCUUUCAGUAGUCUUAUAUUUCUUAUUUCCACACAAACCUGCAAAAAAUUGCUCAUUCCAAGGCAAAAAAGUGUUGUUGAAACGAUCAGUCUGUGAGAGCGCAGCUUUAAACAUUUUAUGAAAAACUGACUGAAGACCCUAAAUGAUCGAAGAAAAGUUUAGUUAUUUUGAAAUGUUUUACUUUCAUGUUUAAUAACAGUCUCAGUAUGAAUGUUCUUUAUAAGUCAAAAUUUUAAUAAAGUGUAUUUCAAUA